UUGCAGGAGGAUGGCUCUAGCAUUGUUAAGUGUUAACAUUUGUCAGUUUAGUGGUUGUGGACUUAAUUUUGGAAAUCUCCAUGACUUGCUGCAACACAUCGAGGAGACACAUAUCCCUAUAAUCGAGGAAGAAAUGAAGAAAAAAGAGGAAAGCACUAAAAACUCUUCUCUGGAUGAUGAUCCUACGAAAGCUGCGGCGCUAACUGCUGUCUUCCCAAUAAGCGCCAUUUGCAAGUUAUUUUCGAAACUUCCUCCGCAUAAAGCAGUUCCGGUCAACCCCGAACCCGUGAAGCUUGCAAUCGGUCAUUACAGACCAGUUCCGUGGUUUUCCAGGAAAAAAACAUUGGCAGCUGCAGUUGCUGGUGCGAAUCCUUUUGGACAAGCUGGAGACAAAUCGCGUUUUGACCAACACGAUGAGGAAUCGAAUGAUUCAUAUAGGAACGAAGAUUGUGAUGACUAUGAGCAGGGGACCGAUGAAAGGCGGCAUAAAUGUCCAGUUGAAGGAUGCAACAAACGAUAUAAAAAUCUGCAGGGAGCACGUUAUCAUGCGCGUCAAGUACAUGGAUAUACUGAGGAUAAUGGCGCAAAUAGUGCAGUGUCGUUCGACUUGACUGCUGUGGUACCUGGGCAAGUUGCACCACUGAUACAGUCCGGUGCACCUAGUAAAUAUGCAAAUUUACGUCCUUACAAAUGUAGCCAGUGUUCAAAGCGUUACAAAACCAUUGUUGGACUGAAUAACCAUGUGCAACAGUCACAUCAACGUAUUAAUAACACUGGAAAUCCCACUAUGUCAACAAAUCUAGUACCAGUCUCGCCUUCAGCCGUAGCUGUCUCAUCAACACAUAACAGUGUUCCACCACCGGCGACUUCCACUCAUGUGACUGCAGAAACUGAUGAACAUAUGGUAGCACCGUCGGGUUAUUUGGCAUCAACAAAUAUUCAGAAUGCAACGCAAGUUCGAAUUAACACACAACCUUUACAGUCUCCUCCGUCAGUUGUUGGACAGCAGUACCAACAACAACCUGGUAGUGCAACAAAGCUUGUACCGACAGCUAAUAGUAUGAUGACGAGAAAUAUGAACGCUCUCUCAUCAUAUGGCCCACAAACAAGCGAAUCGCUAGUUCCAGUCAUUUCUCGACCGAAUACACCGCAGAAGCCAAAUCAAGCCGGAUACAACAAAUAAGAAACGCGGUUUCUAUAUUCCAGGAACACCUUAUUUAUUGUUUCCUUCAGCAACAUAGUAUCAUGUGAC